GCAUUGUUUAUACACAGUUAUCAAUUAAAUCCACGUUGCUUGUUCUGAGUAAGUGAAUGAAACAUCCGUCAUGCCCAGUCAAGGUGCAGGAGGAGGAGGAGGACCUUCCAUGGCAUCGACGUCGGGGACGAUGGCUACGGCACCGACGCCCUUGAGAAGAGUAUCAGCGUCUGCGUCGGCAACAUCAGCUAUGUCGCCGUCCUCUCCGACGCCGAGGCCGUCGCAGGCGGAUGAUUGGGGCGAACCCAGGUCGUUUAAGCGGCAUUUUACUUGGCUGGUACCUGCAUUCAUUGUAGCUAACAUUAUUGUGUUUAUAAUUACAAUGUAUGUUAAUGACUGUCCGAAGUAUACUGGGAGUUCUUGUUUGGGAAAAUCUUUGGGGAGAUUUUCGUUUCAGCCUAUGAAACAGAACCCGCUUCUUGGACCUUCUACUCCGACAUUAGACAAGAUGGGUGCUUUGGUAAUAGAAAAGGUGACAAAACAACACCAGACAUGGCGGCUUUUUACUUGUGUGUGGUUGCAUGGUGGGGUUUUUCAUCUACUUACAAAUAUGUUAAGUCUACUAUUCAUUGGAAUUCGGCUUGAACAAGAAUUUGGGUUUGUCCGAAUCGGGUUGCUUUAUGUCAUAUCUGGCUUCGGUGGAGGUAUAAUCUCAGCUCUUUUUCUUCGGCAAAGCAUCUCUGUUGGCGCCUCUGGUGCACUUUUUGGGUUAUUGGGAGCCAUGCUUUCUGAGCUUAUUGCUAAUUGGACCAUAUAUGCAAAUAAGUUUGCAGCAAUGCUGACCCUGAUUUUCAUCAUCACGGUAAAUUUGGCCAUGGGAAUCCUUCCGCAUGUGGACAACUUUGCUCAUAUUGGAGGGUUUCUUUCUGGUUUUCUUCUUGGAUUUGUGUUACUGAUCCGCCCCCAGUUUGGAUGGGUUAGACAAAGAAGUGUCCCUCCAGGAUACAUUGUAACUUCAGUCAAGUCUAAACAUAGGACGUAUCAGUAUGUACUGUGGAUUCUCUCAGUGAUCAUAUUGAUUGUCGGAUUUACACUUGGUCUGGUUCAGCUAUACCAUGGAGUUAACAUGAAUGAUUAUUGUUCCUGGUGUCAUUACAUGAGUUGUGUCCCUACCUCAUUAUGGAAUUGCAAAGCACAAGUGUAUUGUCAGUCAACCCAGGUUGGAAAUCAAGUGAAUCUGACAUGCAGUGACACUGGAAAAAGCAACAUUUAUCCAUUGUACGCGGCUGAUAAUCUUAUAAAGCUUGACGAUCUAUGUUCUGAGUUUUGCAGUUGAUACAGAGCAUGAAGGAUAAGAUUAGAGGUUGCUUUAAACAAUUUGUUGUAAGUUAUUUGUGAUCUGUAGAAAACGUGGUGUUCUGUAUCUGUAGAUUACAUUCUUCGGCAAUAAUUUUUCCAAUCCUUCAAUUGUUGACAUAGAUCUUCUUGCUGUUCCUCAA